AUGUGGAAGUAAUUGUGAAAAAUUUUCCCCCAAAGAAAAGCAAAAGCCCCAAUCUCGCUCGAACUUCGGAGAAUGCCCUAAGCCGUCUGCUGCUCCUCCCAAUCCACCGCUCUUACCGCCCGGUCGCCCACCGCGCACAGCCGCCUCUCUCCGCCACAUCAGCCACCGCCUGCGGGAGUUAUCAUACUAUGGGUGAGUUUACAAUUCAGAUUAGCAAUGACCUUGUUAAUCAGCUCGUUGAUGAUGUGGAGCCCAAGAAGAAAACUAGAAGAGUUAGGCGGAAGGUUCAAAGAGAGUCUGUUAAGCCCCAAUCUAAUGAAAAUCAAAAGCAAAUUUUAGAUGAACCUGGAGUGCCCGAUACUAAAGCUGCACAAGGGUGGCCAGUGGAGCCCCCUAUGUUUCUACCACCAACCGUACCCGUGCAUCCGUCUCAUUCAGAAUUAGAAGGCAUUCGGUCUGUGUUGCAGGAAAGCGAGAAGGUUUUGGAAAGAUUGGAGAAGCAAGAGGAGACAAUGUUGCAGGAAGUAACCCAAAAGGCAAAGGAUCUCCGUGACAAGGAGUAUAAGCUUCCAAACCCAAAGCCUGAACCUUGCAUGGCCGAGAGGGCUGCCACUGUAGCAUGUUACAGGGAAAAUAUCAAGGAUCCUUUGAAGUGUGCUAGUUUUGUUUCCAAUUUUGCAGAUUGCUUACGUAGGUUUGGUCGUUUAAGCGAGAAGUGAGAUACGCUGAGAAAUGGUGGAGAAAAAUUGGAUGAACCAUAUGCAAUAAAACUCCUUAACUACAAACUGAUGAAAUACUUAUUGUUACUCCAAUUUUGUUUGAUUUGUUUUUCCCAAAACUGUUUCUAAGAUGAGAAUAAGUAAACACGCAAUGUGUUGGGAAUUUUAACAUUUUCAAUUACUGGGUUCCAACUUAUGCUUACAAGGAACAUGCACACAAGGGAAAAUAUGUUCCAAGUUGUUCAGGUUUAUCCUUCUUUCAUACAUAUAUUCUGCAGAGAUUUAGCAAAAACUUGUUAGAUUAGGAUAACUGUUCUCUUGUUUUUGUAAUAUACAUGUCCAAAAUACCGAGAAUUUGGUGUAGCAAAAUGGGUACUACCAUGGUAAUAUA